AUGCAACGAAGUGUCACGCUAACUAGCCUCCGCAGCCACACGGCCGUCGCGUCGGGAUAUCUGCACAAGCUGGCGCACAACGGGACGCCGUUCGCCUGUUGGCACCAGCGAUACUACGUUCUCUACAGCGACGGUCUCCUACGCAGCUUCAAGAGCUCGCGCGCCAGAAACAGUCACCGCGUCAUCCACGUCGGUCGCAAGUGUCUUCGCGUCCGAUUCGGAGCCGAUACGAGGAGCGACGAGUGCAGUCACUGGCCGAAAAACUGUCCGCGUGCACUCUGUUUCUCUGUCAUCAACAUUGACCGGGAGUACCACUUCUAUUGCGAGUCGGAGCGAGAGUUUGCAGUUUGGCGCGACAGUCUCCAGCAAACCCUCGCGAAACUGGGUUCGGCUCACUCGAGCUACGUCGAGAGACGCAGCAGCAAGCCGUAUCCCGUCGACGACGAUGACGAUCUGUCCGUCGCGCCCACUCCAGACUCACCGAGAAAUAUAGAGCAACGAACUGCGGCCGAGAAGAAGAGAGCGAGAGAAGACAGAGCGCAGAAGAGGACAAGACAAAAGGAAACGGGUGUAGGUGAUGCAUACGAUGCGGUAGAUCCCGCAGUUUCUUACCGACGCUUAGACGAACACAAGAAAGAACAAAUAACUGCGCCACAGUCAUACAAAGUUGGGUCAAAAGAUGAUGAUUAUUGGGAAGAUGUCGUAAGUGCGAAAGAGGCCAAGGAAGAAGAAAGUCUUGAGCAAGUCGGCGAUCAUGAGGAAACGUGUUGGUCCACCUCUAACUAUACACAUAAUGUGCAGAGUGAAGAGAUCAAGGAAAGAAAGGUUUCUGGAAGAAAAAACACUAGCAACUACCACAGCACUAAUGGGAUUGAAGCUGCAUUUUUAGAAGUUCAGGCUAUCAUUGAUAAAACCUUUAAUGAUAUGUGUUGA